AGGGUUGGAGAGGUAUUACAGGAACGGUGGCGACAACGGUGUUCCGGAACCAGAGUGGGGCGUAAGUAAUCUUGCUGCUAUGCUUCCGAGCUGCAGUCUGAGUCAACCGAAAUUUUAAACAGAAGGUGAACCUCUGAGAAAAUUAAAUAUAUUUUUAAAGUCAAGAUGUGGGAUCAAGGAGGACAGCCUUGGCAGCAGUGGCCCCUGAACCAGCAACAGUGGAUGCAGUCAUUCCAGCAUCAGCAGGAUCCAAGUCAGAUUGACUGGGCUGCAUUGGCUCAAGCUUGGAUUGCCCAAAGAGAAGCUUCAGGACAGCAAAGCAUGGUGGAACAACCACCAGGAAUGAUGCCAAAUGGACAAGAUAUGUCUACAAUGGAAUCUGGUCCAAACAAUCAUGGGAAUUUUCAAGGAGAUUCAAACUUUAACAGAAUGUGGCAACCAGAAUGGGGAAUGCAUCAGCAACCCCCACACCCCCCUCCAGAUCAGCCAUGGAUGCCACCAACACCAGGCCCAAUGGACAUUGUUCCUCCUUCCAAAGACAGCAACAGUCAGGACAGUGGGGAAUUUGCCCCUGACAACAGGCAUAUAUUUAACCAGAACAAUCACAACUUUGGUGGACCACCCGAUAAUUUUGCAGUGGGGCCAGUGAACCAGUUUGACUAUCAGGUGAAAGAUAUUUUGUUGCUUUAAUAUUGUAGAUGUGCACGUAAUCCAUUCUUUGGAAGUGUCUCAUCAAGAGUACCUAAGAUAUGUGUUUCACUUUUCAGUCUUGCACAGAUAAGCGCAUAUU